GCAGACAGGGACGAAGAAGGAAGCUUGGCCAGUUGUUCCAGUCCACAUUAUGUAGCAUCAGAAGAAGAACACCUCUUCCCGGCUGCCUGAUUCCGCAGUGGGGGAUGAUGGUGUAGUAAGCAAUCGAUUGUGCAACUCUGAGAGCGACAAGGGGAUAAACUUGAAGGCAGGCUACAAACCACCAAUUUAAUCCUGGCAGCCACCUCCAGUCCCCAUAAGCUUGCUCUUAUACUGGGCCGGCAACAUGUUGUUUGAGUUCAUCUCAAAUAUAUAGAUAUUUGAGAAUUGUAUUUUAUGUGCGUAACAAGAAAUUUAAAAUGCGCCACAUUUUGUCACAAAGGAGAUGCGGAGGUAUCAUCUUGUUUCCAAAAAUGGUUCGAUUGGAAGGGAAUUCAUUUUUGGGAAGAAUUUGAAGGAGAUUAUUUUGGGGUUCUUUCCAACCAAACAAGUGUUUGUUGUGCCUUCAAUUCCGCAAAUUUUAGAAUUCCAGAUCGAUCUCUUUUUUAUUCGCAAUCCCGAUUCCUUUUCAUUUUCCUUUUUCCUUUUUCCUUUUUUCCUAUUUCAACUCCCAACCAAUUUCUCUACGCAUUUUAGUCUCUCUCUGUUUCCUUUUGGGGUAGGAGGAAGAGGAGUUCGUACUCAGGCGAUGAACAUGGUGUUCCAGAACUGUGUUGCGCUUUAACACCGAAAUUUUGGUAUACUAUGGACACAGGCCCUGCUUCUUCUAACCAUUCAUCGCCAUUGCCUUUUCUUAUGGAAUGCCGAUUUCCCUUGCAAUCGGCAUUCAGUUCUUUUUGCAUUUCCGACCAUCCUCCUCGUCCAACUCCGAUCUAGCUUCACCCAACACCACCAUUGCUCUAUUUUCUUAGACUAACAAUUUCACCCCUUUCGAAUCCUCCUCUUUUGGUAACCACCUGCGUUUUCUACCAAAAAUGAGUGCAUAGCUCAUCCAAAUCAGUGCCUUAGUUGGAAGUAUGGAGUCUCUUGAUACUGCUGCCGAGAAAGAUCCAAACGGUCGAUACGUUCGGUUCGAUGAAAUCGUGGGAAGGGGCGCUUUCAAGACAGUUUACAAGGCAUUUGACGAAGUUGAUGGCAUUGAAGUUGCCUGGAACCAAGUAAGGAUUGAUGGUUUCCUGCAGUCUCCUGAGGAUUUGGAAAAGUUGUACUCCGAAGUACUUUUACUUAAAUCCUUAAGACAUGAGAACAUUAUCAAGUUCUACAAUUCAUGGGUGGAUGAUAAGAAUAAAACAGUCAACAUUAUUACUGAGCUCUUCACAUCUGGGAAUUUGAGACAAUACCGUAAGAAGCACAAACAUGUUAAUAUGAAGGCCAUAAAGAAUUGGGCGCGACAGAUUCUCCGAGGCUUGGACUAUCUUCACAGUCACAAUCCUCCCAUUAUUCAUAGAGAUUUGAAAGGUGAUAAUAUUUUUAUUAAUGGGAAUCAUGGAGAAGUUAAGAUUGGAGAUCUUGGAUUAGCUAUUAUUUUGAAGCAGCCUACUGCUCGAAGUGUAAUUGGAACUCCUGAGUUCAUGGCUCCUGAGCUUUAUGAAGAGGAGUACAAUGAGCUUAUUGAUGUAUAUGCUUUUGGGAUGUGCAUGCUGGAGAUGGUUACGUUUGAGUAUCCUUAUAGUGAAUGUAAAAAUCCGGCUCAGAUCUUCAAGAAAGUUACAUCUGGUAUUAAACCUGCUUCCCUUGAUAAGGUGAGUGAUCCACAAACCAAGGAGUUCAUCAAUAAAUGUUUGGUUCCGGUGCAAGAUAGGUUGUCUGCAAAAGAGCUUCUUAAAGAUUCAUUCCUUCAAGUUGAGAACCCCAAGGAAUCAACGCACGAUCUCCUACAGUUACCUAACCAUGUUCCUAAAUCGAUAAAUUUGCCAAAGAGUGAACCUAUUGACAUUGACCUCAAACAACAUUCUAUGACCACCAGUGCUGAAAGCAAUAGUGGGAGUCCACUGUUUCCAGACAUGGAAUUCCAGACUAUGAACAAGAACAAUGAGUUUAGGUUACGUGGAAAUAAGAAUGACGACAACUCGGUGGUGUUAACCUUGCGUAUUGCAGACUCGAACGGUCGAGUGAGGAAUAUACAUUUUACGUUUUAUCUUGGUUCUGAUACUGCACUAUCAGUGGCAGCUGAAAUGGCUGAACAAUUGGAGUUGGAAAAUCAUGAUGUUGAUUUCGUAGCUGAACUUAUUGACUUAUUGAUAACAAAACUGGUACCUGGUUGGAAGCCGUUGUUUUAUUAUUCCUUAAAUGGAGAGUUGAGUCUUUGUGGCGGCCCCCCUACCCUUUUAAGUGCCAAAUCAUCUAUUGCAUCUCCAUGGGAUUCAAUGUUAAAUGGGGUGGAUGAUGGUCUGCAAUCGAAUGGAGAUGGUGGCUGGGCUGAUGAUAUUCCCAAUAGUCAAAUUUUUGAUACUUGCCCUUCUUCUCCCAGCUUCGCUAAGUUUGAGGACCUGAGUUCUCAUACUUCAUUCGCAUCAGAGUUAUUGGUCAAAGACUGUUCGACCAAAAGUGCUAAGGUGAUGGAUUGUUCGAAUAUUGUUGAUGGAAGCUCAAAGGGGUCGUCGACCUGGUCGGCUGCAGAACUAGAGCUCCAAGGUGCAUUAGAUGUUGGAAAGUUGAAUCCCAUGGAUUAUUUUGUGAAGAACUCAGUGAUGUCAUUGGCAAAUGAAGCAGCAGCUAAUGUGAUGAGCUUGACAAGCAGUUGUUCUUCGCUAUCCUUAACGGACAAGGAUCUGGAUGCCGAACUGGAGAUGGAACUUGAUGCUAUUGAGAGACAUUAUCAGCAGCUGGUGGAGGAGCUGUCUCGAAUGAGAGAGGAGGCAGUAGAGGCCACCAGAAAGAGAUGGAUUGCAAAGAAGAAGCUGAUUCAUUGAGUGCACAUGCAUGCAUACACACACUUUCAUUUUAUUUUUCUGGUUGUGUGUUGUUUUUUUCUGUUCGUUUCGUGUGUCCCUCUGGAUGAAAGCAUGAGCAGGACAACAUGAUAUACUUUAAAAGGUUGAAUCCCUAUGGUGGGCGCGCCUGGUUUUGGAAGAAGUCGCUGUCCCAAAAGUGGAUUCUUUUUUGUACUUUUGGAGUUGAAUUCUGUGCACAACACGUUCUAUUGCUCCCAACUCAUUCUUUUUCCCAACU